AGCAAUGGAACACCUGUUCCUUCGUCAGUCUGCAUUUUACCACCAAAGUAAUAACUAGCUCCGGGAGCAUUUGUCCAGUCUAGUCCAUUACAUAAUGGACAAUCCGAACAAAGAGUCCUGCUGCCAGUCCCUAAAGGAUGAGUUUCAACGGUCAAAGUUCUCCCUAUACCAUGAAGAUCCUGGAGUCUUCUGUCGCUCGCAAUGGCAGAAAGGAGAGCGCAACUUAAUCUGGGUUCUGUAUCGAUGGGUUCUGGCUGCUUUCUUUGCCGCUGGAGUCAUUGGCAGCAUGAUGCAGGAUUUCAAUGGCGGCCGAUGGUUUAUUUAUCUGACGGAUUGGGGAUUUACACUGUGUCUGUUUACCUGCACUUACGGUGCUGUAAUCGCUACUAUUUACUACUUUAAUCAAUCGUAUUUUGCUCCCGGACACCGUGCUCUGAAAAUUUACUGGAUCUCCCACUACACCACAUCGGUACUAUCCAUGUUGAUAACCACCGUCUUCUGGGCAGCUCUUUCGUCAACCAUGCCCGAAGUGGCAGGUGAGCUAUACAACUUGUGGUGCCAUGCAUUCAACUCGAUUUGCAUGGUCUUCGACUGCUUUAUGGUGGCCUAUCCUAACCGUCUCAUGCACUUUGUGUAUCCCUUUUCCGUUGUGCUUAUAUUCUUGGUGCACUCCUUGAUUUACUAUUGGGCCGGCGGAACUGACAUCGACGGAAAUCGCUUUAUCUACUUCGCCCUGGACUGGGCUCGACCCGGUCUGGCGAUUGGAUUCGUUUGCGCGAGUUUGGCAUUGAUCUGUUGCUUUUCCCUCGUGGCCUUUGGAAUUUACAGGUUGCGAAUUUCAAUGUACAACUGUUGUGGCAAAAGGCAGGAGGAAGUACCGACCUUUAAAGCUACUCCCAAGGAAUCAUCACCUACUGUUUAA